UCAUCAAUGGGGUCAUCCCCUCGCAUUCUCUCUAUCAGCUUAUCAUAAUGAGAAGAGGAGGUCCUGGGCUAGCAGCUCUGGACAGAUCUCUGCACUCUUCAGCACAAUUUUCCACCUUGGGAUCCGAAUUGACAGCUUCACAAGUGAACGAAUUACGCAAUCAAUUAGACGUAUUUUCCAAUGCACUUAGACAAUUUGCACAACAACAUCGAAAGGACAUUGUAAGGGAUGCGAAUUUCAGACAUGCAUUUCAACAAAUGUGUGCAAAUAUUGGUGUGGAUCCAUUAGCAGGAGGACCACCAAAAUCAAUGGCUGCUACAGCAUUACAAAGAGGAACAGGAUCAGCUGGAUCUGCUACGGGUAAAUUGGCAGGAUUAUGGAAUGACUUUUUGGGUUUAAGUGAUUUUCAAAACGAACUUAGCAUUCAAAUCAUUGAUGUUUGCGUUUCUACGCGAGAAAGUAAUGGAGGAUAUAUUGAUAUGAAACAACUCAUACGAUCAUUGAAUCAGAUGCGAUUAGGUCGAAGUACGGACGCAGGCAAAUCAGCUGAUUCAAUUGUUGGCUCUGUGACGGAGAACGAUGUUAUUCAAUCGAUCAAGUUACUCAAACCUUUAGGAAGCGGAUAUGAAGUGAUUAAUUUGGCCAAUGGAGAAAAGAUGGUUCGAAGCGUGCCGAAAGAGUUGGAUGUAGACAGUACGGUUGUAAUGUCUCUGCUUAGUUUGUCAAUCACUGUAUCCAACUUACCGACAGAUGCUCUUGGUCAAGCUUAUAUUACACAAGAUGAUCUCGUACGGGAAAACACAUCUGUCAAUAAGACAAGAUGGUCAAUUGAUCGUGCAAGUGCUGUUUUGUUUGGUAUGUCAAUUGGUGAUGGAUUAUUGUGGGUGGAUGAAGGUGUUCAUCCUGCCAGGUAUUAUGCAUUAAAUCUUUCUUCAAAUCUUGCAUGACUGAAUUGUGAUUUGUAUUUUAAUUCAUUUUGUACUUUUAUACAAUGUUUUCCAAUCUCAUGGACUUGUCCGCCUUCACCUUGU